AUGAGCACGCCUUCGCCAGGCCUUAAAUCGCGUGCUCUACUCAGUGAUGAGGAUUUCGAGCCGUAUGUUCGAAAGCAGCGUUCGGACUCGACAGAGAACAACCGACGUAGGCUGAUUGGUCUGGAUGAAGAGGAGCAGAAUAUUUUACGGACGUCAAUAAACUCUCGAGAGCGAAAACGAAUGCACGACUUGAACGAAGCACUGGAAGAGCUACGCAGCUGCUUACCGUACUCUCAGGACCAGUCAGCACGGAAAAUGAGCAAAAUCAAUACGAUUCGCCAGCUGACAAUCCGAAAUCACGAGCUGCAGAAGCAGCUGGCCGCGUUGCGAGCCGAAGACCGUAUCUCUGUCCCAAUCGGACCCCCACCGCCGUCAUCACAGCCAACGAGCACCUUCCCCGUCCCACCAGGGCCAAUUAAUUUCGCUGCACUGGGGCCAGCCCCUUGCAUGAAGGCGUUUGGGCAGGCAUGUUUCUGUAUUGCCUGUCUAACGUUGGGAUCGAAACAAUGA